AUGAUCACGUCCAAGCUAUCUGAUUGCUUUAAAAUAAAUUUCUUGCACCUUAAAUUCUUUGGAAUAUGGCCAGGUCAAAGUUGGAAAGGAUACUACAAAUAUUACAUGGCCAUAUUUAUUAUUGUGAAUUUCAUCAUAUACAACUCCUUAUUGAUUCUGAAUCUCGUAUUCACUCCACGUAAAAUUGAAUAUAUGAUACGGGAGGUAAUAUUUUUAUUUACAGAGGUGGCAGUCACUGGUAAAGUGCUAAUGAUAAUGUUUAAACGCAAGAAAAUCUUAAGUGUUUUCGAUAUAUUGAAUUGUGAAGUUUUUAAAGGCGAGGACGAUAUCAGCAGACGAAUUGUCGAAAGCCAUGUCUCUAAGUACAAAACUUACUGGAGUUUGUACGCCAUUUUGUCGAACUUUGCGUAUUCCUCGCAAGUGUUUGUACCGAUAAUCGUAUAUUUCAUAUUCAACACGAAUAUAAAGUUGCCGAUAUGCAAAUACUACUUCUUAGACGAGGAAUAUGUUCGACGAUAUUUCGUGUUUUUGUACCUUUAUCAGUCUCUUGGAAUUUAUGGUCACAUGCAGUACAAUGUUAAUAUCGAUACUCUGAUUUCUGGUUUACUUAUAAUGGCGAUAGCUCAAGUAAAAGUAUUGAAGUAUGAACUAAAGAAUAUCAAACCUGACAGCCCCUUAAAAGAUAAAAGGGAGACUGAUAGGUCACAAAUAUUUAAACUUCAUAAACAUUUGAAGCAUUAUGAAGAACUACUUAACUACUGUUCGGCUAUUCAAGAUAUAGUUGGUUUAUCCAUGUUCGUCCAAUUUGGAAUAGCAUCAAUUAUAAUUUGCGUAGUUCUGUCUGGAUUAAGAUUUACAGCAUCUGUUGAAGCAUUAAUGUUUAUGGUCACCUAUCUAUUUACCAUGAUCUUACAAAUUUAUGUUCCAGCUUGGUUGGGAACUCAGCUCAACUAUGAAAGCCAAGAGCUCGUGUUUGCCGCAUACAGCAGCGAGUGGAUACGGAGAUCGGAGAAAUUCAAACGAAGUCUGAAACUUUUUAUGGAACGAGCUAACACUAAUAUUGUUUUAACAGGAUGGAGAAUUUUCCCGCUAUCUCUUGAUACUUUCACAUCAAUUUUAAAGACAGCAUACUCAUUUUUCACGUUAAUAAGAAACGUUGAGGAUCAUGAACAAGGAUACGGCCACCGCUUUCUUGGUAUUUUCUUUAAAAAAACAAAAAUGGAGGAGCCGCGGCAACUGGACAGCUUAAAUAACACUUUCCUGUGUUGGAAAUAUUUAGGCAUUUGGCCCGGAAACAGCCAUAACAAAUGCUAUAAAAUUUGCUCUUAUGUGUUUAUUUUUUUUACGAUAGUAAUUUACGAUAUUUUGCUUAUAAUAAAUUUAUUCUAUACGCCUCUCAAAAUUGAAAUAUUAAUAGAAGAAGUAACGUUCUUUUUCACCGUAGUAGCCAUCACGUCAAAAGUUAUAAUGGUGGUUGUUAAGAAACAAAAAAUUUACCGAGUAUUUAAAGUUUUAGAUUGCGAAGAUUUCCAGUCCAAAGAUAAUGCUUCUCGAAAUAUUUUAAAGACGGAUAUUUCUUAUUAUAAAAUGUACUGGAAUACGAUUUUCUGUGUUGGAAAUUUUGCUUAUGUUUUCAAAUGCAUUGUUCCUGUAGUAGCCCAUAAUUUUUUUACCUCAUAUAAAAUAAAGCUGCCCACGUCCAACUACUAUUUUCUAAGCGAUGAAUUUAAAAAUGAUUACUUCAUGCUUAUAUUUUUCUAUCAGUCCAUUGGAAUUUAUGGGUUGAUGAUAUACGAUAUAUCCAUUGAUACAUUUGUGAAUGGAUUUCUGUCAUUUGCAAUAACACAAAUGAGAAUGCUAAAUUAUAAAUUUAGCACUUUUAAAUCGGAACGAGAUUCAAGAUUGAACAGAUAUGAAAUAGAACGCAAUAAUAUGUUUAAACUCAAACAAUGGCUGAGACACUACGACAAUAUUUUAAAAUAUUGUACAGGGAUUCAGGAUAUUUUUAACGUUAUUUUGUUCAUCCAAUAUACGGUGUCCUCUUUGGUCAUUUGCUUCGUAUGCUGUGGAUUACUUCUUCCACUCACGAAGGAGCAAUACGCUUUUGUGUUUGCAUAUCUAUUUGGCAUGGUGUUACAAAUAUUUGCUCCGGCUUUCUUAGGAACACUAAUAACUUACCAGAGUCAAGAGUUAGUGUUCGCAGCGUACAAUAGCGAUUGGUUUGCGAGGACGGAGUCAUUUAAAAGGAGUAUUAAGAUUUUUAUGGUACGAACCAACACAUCUGUUGUUAUUGAUGGUUUGAAACUGUUUCCUUUGUCGUUGGAAACUUUCACAUCGAUCAUGAAGACUGCUUAUUCAUUUAUGACGUUGGUGAGAAAUAUGCAAGAUGAAAUAUAAAUAUUGCAAUAAAUUGUUUAAUCUGUAGUUAUACUUUUCACCAUAAGAGUUACACACAAAAAUAAUAUAUUUGUGAAGUGUAUCAUAAACAACUAACAUUUUUAAACCUUAUUAUAUAGGUAUAUGUUUAUAUAAAUACAAAAACUUAACAAAUUAUGUACUAAAACCUUUCUCGAGAAUCACGCUACCGAGUGGUGAUAACUGUUUGAUAAUAUAAUCGGUGCAGUAGUCUUUCCGUUAAUCGCAAACAGACACAGACGCAGAAAGGCACAUUCUUUUAUAAUAUGUAUUGAAAACAAUAGUUUUGACAUAUUAGAGAAUGUAAAUGUAGCCCGUAUAUUCAUAUUGUUAAGUAAAUACAUAUUAAUGUUACAUUUUCUAUAUUAUCACAGUAUUUUUAUAUUUACACGUUUGAAAUAUUUAGAGGAUUAUAAAUUUGGCAAUAUUAUCAUAUAUUUAUUAUUUAAAAUAUAAACGUUAAAAUUUACAAUUUAUUUUAGAAAUAUAUGAUUACAUGAAACCGUUGCGGAAAUUAAUUUUGUAUGUUAAUAAUUUCAAGUUAAUAUAUUUUAAACAAUUCUCACUGUCUUUUAAAGUUUUGUUACAAAUUUUCCUUCAGUUGGGUCUCGAUUGUUCUAUUCUGGGCCAAUAAAUUCGAAAUCCAACUCAAUGGAGUGUCUCGCUGUUUCGGUGAUUUUUCUGUUGCUAUUUGCCAUGUCCACGCGAAAGCUGAAUCUGUUACCAUUUUUUUUCCAAAUGUUCGUUAUUGUCACUUUUUUUUAAAACGACUUUGUGUCUAUAGUGAAACCAUUUUAAAAUGUUUAGAUAAAAAUUGCCAAUUCAAUAAAAUUUCUCUAUGGACAAUAGAAGUUUUUAUAAACUUGUACAUUGUCACAACAUGCAGAGAGUAAUAAAAAAUACAUUCAAUUUGCCUCCAGCUAUGUUACUUAAUAAAAAAAUAUUAUAAAUGUUAUACAAGUGAUGGAAUGAAUUAAGUAGAUUUUAUCAUUACGGUCAAACAAAAAAAGUAAAAUAAGUUUAGUUUAUCUAUAUAAGUAAAGGUAAAAAUAUAAAUUUUUGUUAUAAAUUCGCACAAAAUCUUCUGAACAGAUAGAUGUACGAAAGGUUUUACAGUAUUGCAUCUGAUAUGUCAUAACACAUAACAAAAAUAUUUAGAAAACCCGGAGUUAUAAUCGUGUUUUAAAAAUACAUAUAUCUAUAUUCGUUAAACAGAAAUGAUAGGUGUAUCGUCUUCAAUAGUUUGUAUCGUUGGUAAACUGUAGUUAAUGGUUCCCUAGAAACAGUUCCAAGUUACAUGCAAAUCCGAAUUUCCAGUAAAUCAAAAGCCAACAUGCAUGCUUAUUACAACCAAAAUGACUUGGUAUUCGAGGUAUUUGUAAUGUGAUGUGCAGUUAACAACGUACU